CAAGGUGGAUAGGAUGUUGAAGAAGGAGCUCUCUAUUCAGCUAAAAGGCUAAUGUUUUUGGACAGACAGCCAGACGGUGCUGAGAUACAUAAAUAAUAACACUAAACGAUUUCAGACCUUUGUUGCAAAUAGAGUGGCUGCAAUAAGAGAGGCUACAGAUGUUUUUCAGUGGCGGUACAUCAACUCUAAGGCCAAUCCAGCAGAUGAAGCUUCCAGAGGUUUGACUGCAGAGAACUUUAUGGCCUGUCAGAGGUGGAUAAAUGGUCCCGACUUUCUUAGAAGGCCAGAACAAGAGUGGCCAAAGCCUUUUGAAUCCCAGCCUGUUUGUUCUGAAGACCCAGAGGUGAAAAGGGAUGCCCUGGUAAACAUCAUUGACACACAUUCAAACGAUUCUACUACCAGGCUGGUGCAUUAUUUUUCAAGCUGGACCAAACUCAAGACUUCAGUUGCUUGGUUGCUCAAAUUGAAGGACAUUCUGUUGAGCUUGAGUAGGAAGAGGAAAGAGUUAAUGGCUGUUCUUCCCUCUGCUGACUCUUCUACAGCUUUGGAUGUGAUAGAAGAUGAGAUGAGAAAGAAUAGAUCUGUUGUUUGCAAACAAACUCUUACAGUAAAGGACCUCUCCAGAGCAGAGACUGCCAUAAUCCGCUACAGCCAACAUAUAAGCUUCAAAGAAGAAAUUAAAGACUUGCAGAGUGGAGCAUCUGUUGUGAAGAGCAUGAGCAAUAUCUACAGGCUUGAUCCAGUAUUGCAGCAAGGUUUGCUGAAAGUGGGUGGCAGGCUUAGUCGUUCAGCCCUCUCUCAGGAACAGAAACAUCCUGUUAUCCUCUCUAAGAACCAGCAUGUAUCCAAACUUAUCCUGCAGGACUUACAUCAGCGACUGGGACAUGCAGGAAGAAAUCAUAUGCUUUCAGCCCUCAGAGAAAGAUACUGGAUUACUAGUGCCAACUCAGCCUGUAGAAAAAUAUUAUCAGAAUGCGUUGUGUGUAAACGUUACAGAGGACAACCAGCAGAGCAGAAA